GAUCGUCAGCGCAAGAUCGCGAUGAGUUGCGGCGUGUGAAGCUGCGCGAGAUUGAGAUGAACAUUGUGCAAUACCAGGAUGAGUUCGAGUCCGGGAUGCGGGAAGUGCGCAGUGGUUGGUCACUGCCCGAGGAGAUCGAUAGCUACCGGAUGAAGCUGAUCAAGAAGAUGGAACGGGAGCUGCUGUCCAUGAAGGCAUCGAUCGCCCAGGAUAAUGAGCCGAACUCGAGCGAUUCGGAAGAGGAGUACGAGCGAACAUCAGGCCGUGCGCACCGAAAGCGUCCAACGUCCAGUCCAGAAAGCUCUAGUAGCCGACAUAAGCGAAGCCGUCGCAUGCUGUCGGAUGAGUAUGGUGAAGAGCGCAGCGGUUCAAAGGGACCUCGAUCAAGCCGACGAUCACGAUCACCGACGGCUAGCCACAAAUCGAGCAAACGGCGUCAUUCGCGAAGUUCGGGUUCGGAGUCACCGACACCAUCGGGACGGUCCGGACGCUACCACACCGUCGAACGUUCCCUGUCACCGGCCACCAACAGCUCGCGGACCAGUAAAUACGAUCUGCUCGUAUCACCGGAGCGUACCAGCUCCUCGAGCAAGUACGACAAGUACGAGGAGACGGGAAGCUCGAGGUAUGAUAAGUACGACAAGUAUGCCGAGUCUUCUUCUUCGCGCUUGCACGACGAUCGAAGGACCGGUGAUCGUGAGCGAGAUCGUGAUCGGGAACGUGGUCGUGAGCGGGAUCGUGAUGGAUUGAGUGAUAGUUCCUCACGGUACCGUGCUGUCGAGAAGGACUCCAAGUACGAUACGGGAAGUCCCGUCAGUAAGCGUUACAGGUCACCGUCGCCCGCAUUUCGUGGAUCCAGCAGAAGCGGUGGCGGCGGCAGCGAAUCCUACCGGCAAUCGUCCGGCUCCAGCUCUUCUUCGCGGUCCGAUAAACACAAGAAACACAAGUACUAGUGCGGUGUGUUCUCCUCGAUCAUAGUGGCGACGAAUAGCGUGUGAGACAACACAGACACGCGCGCGAGCCAAAUAACUCCUUUUUGGGUGUUCGCUAGGUUAUGUUUGUUGUGGAUUUAGGGAUCAUAUUUUAACUUCUUCUAAAACUCGCGUGGCGUGUGUGUCCGUGUGUGUCUGGUAGUAUUUUAAAUCUUUUAGCAAUGGCCCCCUUCAGGCAGGACUCCAAAUUAGUCCGUUCUUCGCCACGCUAUGGACGGAGGAGAAAGUUGUAAAUAAAUCCUUUGCUUCGAAUGAACGGCUGAUUAGUUCGUAUCCGUACGAAUUCAA